ACUCUUUCCAGUCUCUACAAUUUUUUCAAACUCGUCGACGAUUUCCCAGACAUUCUCGUCGGUUCUCGUUACGAGGUCUUACAAAUUUAACAUACAAGUAUACUUUUUAAAAUUGUAACAUUACUUAUUUUAGUGUCCUUUUAGUUUUUAUAUUAAACUUUUACCGGCAAACAGCGCCGCCCCCGCUCGAUUGUAGGCAAGGCCUUGUGCGAUGAGUAAUACCGUUCGUCGUGCUGAGUGACGUCGUGCACUGUGCACUGUGCAGCGGCGGCCGGCGCGCAGACCUCAGUUCACCUCGACUCGACAAGGCGAGGAGGCACGACCGACGACAGGAGCUCGUACUCGAAUCCUCGCACCCUCUAUCGAUCCCUAUCCUCUACUCUAGUCGCUCUUUAACUCGGACAUGGACAGCGCCGACAAGCUGAUCGCUGGGCUCGCGAGCGGCGACGGCGCCGCGCCGGCAGGCCUGAAGCGCGAGCAGGACUCAACCGACGACUUCGAGCACCUGGAUGGGCGGCGCGACGAGCCCGAGCGCGGCGCACGCCACUCCGCGCAGAGCUUCCUGGACGCGGAGCGCGAGGAGUUCGUGGAUUCUCCGCGCGCGCCCUCCGCCGACAAGGCCGACCACCUGGCCGACAAGUUCACCGAUAGCGAGUCUGACGCCGACACGGCCGGCGAGUCGCCGCUGCACCGACCCGAGCCGCCCCGGGCGCCCGCCCCCGACCCAACGCCGGCGCUGGCCCCGACGCUCGCACCCGCGCCCGAACCGCAACCGAGCGCCGAGCCUGCCAAGCCAACGGAGCCAAAACCGGAGCCUGCGCCGCAGCCGAAGCCCGAGCCGGUGCAGCCGAAGCCCGAGCCGGUGCAGCUGAAGCCCGAGCCUACGCAGUCGAAGCCUGAUCCGGUGCCGCAAAAGCCCGAGCCACCCAGCUGGCAGCCCCCGGUCGAGCCCGCCGCUGAGCCACUGCGCGCCCCCGUCGCCCACGUGAUCGAGGCCGAGGUCAUUUUCUGCCAGAUGGGACUGGAUGCUUGGUUCGACCCGCAAAGGCUACACCCCGAAGUGGAGUCGCUGAUCUACUGGCGGUCGGCGGCGCGCUCGGGCGCGGCGCUGGGCGCGGGGCUGGCGCUGCUGGUGGCGCUGGCGUGCUGCUCCGUGGUGUCGGUGCUGGCCUACAGCUCGCUGCUGGCGCUGAGCGCCGCCGUCGCCUUCCGCGUCUACAAGAACGUGCUGCAGGCCGUGCAGAAGACCAACGAGGGCCAUCCCUUCAAAUGGCUGCUGGAGAAGGACGUGAGCGUGUCGGCGGAGCGCGCGCAGUCGCUGGCGGCCGCGGCCACCGCGCACCUCAACGCCGCGCUCACCGAGCUCCGCAGGUUGUUCCUGGUUGAGGACCUGGUGGACUCGCUGAAGUUCGGCGCGCUGCUGUGGUGCCUCACGUACGUGGGCGCCUGCUUCAACGGCAUCACGCUCAUCAUCCUGGCAUGGAUAGCGCUGUUCUCGCUGCCCAAGGCGUACGAGAUGAACAAGGCGCAGGUGGACGCCAACCUCGAGCUGGCGCGCUCCAAGAUCAACGAAAUCUCAGCCAAGGUGCGCGCCGCGGUGCCGCUGGGCAGGAAGGCGGAGGACAAGGACAAGUAGGCGCCGGAGUUACUGUUUGUUAUCAUAUUAUAUUUAUUGCGGCGCGCCGCCGUAGCGCCUGACACCUUACUUACGUGUAAAGCUUAAUGGACGAGUCAUGCGGAGAUUAUUAUUGUAUUUGCUUUUUUGAAAUUUUAAAUUAAAAUAACUGUCGACCGA